CCAACCACUUGAAGACGGAGAGGUGGCCCCGGAGCCCGGACUCGCUACUGAGGUGUGAAGAGGUUUGUGUCCUUAAAACACAAUAAUUAGACAUUUUCACCUACUGGCAGUCACCGUGCCCUUGUAAAGUCACACAGGGCACGCCAGUCGGUCAGUUUUUCAGUCUGUGUUAAAGCCUACCCAUGUACGCUGCAGCACCUACACACGAAAAGUAGCUUGAUGAGUAUCCAAAGUAGUGGAAGUUUGGAGGGGACGCCAUCUUUGGUCCCAGCUCUCCACGUCCCCAACACGGACUGUGUUUUCAGCUACAUACCACGGCAGUGGUGAAGGUCCAGAAAGGCACCAUGGAGGAGCUGCACAGCCUGGACCCCCGGAGACAGGAGCUGCUGGAGGCUCGUUUUAUGGGCGGAGUCAGCGGCAGCACAGGGGGCAGCACUGGCAGCGCAAGCGGGGGAACCAAAGGCUUGACCAAUAAUGAAUGUUCAAAUCACAGUUUUGGAAGUCUAGGAUCUUCAAGUGACAAGGAGUCGGAGGGGUCUGAUGUGAAAAGAGGGAGCUCUCCUGCUUAUUCGACCCCAGAGAAGAAACAGACUGAAACAACUAGAGGCAGAAAAAGGAAACCUGAGAUCCAGUCAGAGAGCAGCCAAGGAAAAUCAUCUGUGCGAGGACCCAAAAUAAGUGAUUAUUUCGACUUCCAGGGAGGAAAUGGGUCCAGUCCUGUGAGAGGUCCCCCACCAGUGAUUCGUUCGCCCCAGAAUUCACAUUCCCACUCGACUCAGGGCACUUCUGUUAGACAAAAUAGCUCAUCUCCUAUUAGUCUGUCUUUUGGGGACCAUAUGGCACAUCCAAAGCAACUAGCAGUCAAAUUUGUUCAGACUGACCUUACAGUGUUAAAAUUGGCUGCCCUUGAAAGCACCAAGAAUCUAGACCUUGAAAAGAAGGAGGGCAGGAUAGAUGACCUGUUAAGGGCAAACUGUGAUCUCAGGAGACAGAUAGAUGAACAGCAAAAAUUACUCGAGAAAUACAAGGAACGCUUGAAUAAGUGCAUCACCAUGAGCAAGAAGUUACUUAUAGAAAAGAGCACCCAGGAGAAGCAGGCCUGUCGGGAGAAGAGCAUGCAGGAUAGACUACGUUUAGGCCACUUUACUACAGUGAGACAUGGGGCCUCAUUCACAGAGCAGUGGACAGAUGGCUAUGCCUUCCAAAACCUUGUCAAGCAGCAGGAGUGGAUAAACCAACAGAGAGAAGACAUUGAGAGGCAGAGGAAACUUCUUGCCAAGAGGAAACCUCCAUCUUCCAACAACUCCCAAACACCAACCACAAAUUCUGAGCCAAAGCAACGGAAAACCAAGGCGGUGAAUGGAGCAGAAAACGAUCCCUUUCUAAAACCCAGCCUACCUCAGCUGCUGACAUUAGCAGAGUACCACGAACAGGAAGAGAUCUUCAAACUGCGACUUGGACAUCUGAAAAAGGAAGAAGCUGAGAUCCAGGCAGAGCUCGAGCGUCUGGAGAGAGUGCGCAACCUUCACAUUCGGGAACUGAAGAGAAUAAAUAACGAAGACAGCUCACAAUUUAAAGAUCACCCAACGUUGAAUGAAAGAUACCUGCUCCUGCAUCUUCUGGGUAGAGGAGGCUUUAGUGAAGUUUACAAGGCUUUUGACUUGAUUGAACAACGAUACGCUGCUGUGAAAAUCCACCAACUUAACAAAAACUGGAGAGAAGAAAAAAAAGAGAACUAUCACAAGCAUGCAUGUCGAGAGUACAGAAUACACAAGGAGUUGGACCAUCCCAGGAUUGUGAAACUUUAUGACUACUUCUCACUGGACACAGACACGUUUUGCACCGUUAUGGAGUACUGCGAGGGCAACGACCUGGAUUUCUACUUGAAGCAGCAUAAAUUAAUGUCUGAGAAGGAGGCACGGUCCAUAGUCAUGCAGAUUGUAAAUGCACUAAAAUACCUGAAUGAAAUCAAACCUCCCAUCAUCCAUUAUGACCUUAAACCAGGUAAUAUCUUGUUGGUGGAUGGCACAGCCUGUGGGGAAAUUAAAAUCACUGACUUUGGCCUUUCCAAAAUUAUGGAUGAUGACAACUACGGCGUAGAUGGGAUGGACCUGACAUCACAGGGUGCAGGAACCUACUGGUACUUGCCUCCUGAGUGUUUUGUGGUUGGUAAAGAACCUCCAAAGAUCUCCAACAAGGUGGAUGUGUGGUCUGUGGGUGUCAUCUUUUUCCAGUGUCUGUAUGGAAGGAAGCCUUUUGGCCACAAUCAGUCACAACAAGAUAUCCUGCAGGAGAACACCAUACUCAAAGCUACCGACGUUCAGUUCCCUGUGAAGCCAGUUUCCAGUAACGAAGCAAAGGCUUUCAUACGGCGGUGCCUGGCAUACAGGAAGGAGGACCGGAUUGACGUUCACCAGCUGGGAAGUGACCCCUACUUGCUCCCUCACAUCCGGAGAUCAAGCUCCUCUGGAAAUCUGCAAAUGAGUGCUGCGGUCUCAAGUCCAGCCUCCUCCAGCAACAUCUCAUAUUGA